AAAGGCAGGUCCAUCCCAUGUGGAAGGAACUUCCCAGGUGCUCGGUCUGCCGUCAUUGUGUUGUCUUGUCGGGCCCCAGAUCCCAGGUCCAAGAACAACACCACCACCACCGUCUCUCUUCAAACCGUGCAGCACGUCAACCGCCCUUGCUUCAACUCGAAACGUACGCUUGUUUUUAUUUUAUUUUAUUGCUCCUGGUCGUUGCGACCUCAACGUCGCCUGCCAGUUCUUCAUUCCUUUCCGCUAUCUCCGCUUAUCAACCAGCCGACUGUACGAUCGAUCCCCUUACCGUCCUCGUCCUUAUCGCUGCCGCGCCGUUGCCCGACUUUUCCGAUUGCACACCGCACCGUACCGCACCGCAUCGCACCACCACCACCAUAUCGCACUGCGGCAAACAUUCCAUACAGCCACGAUGACGAGACCGCGUCGCUCCAGUGCCGCGAGCGAGGACAGCAGCGGACCCGCCGGCGAGGAGCUGGGUAGCAUGUACGACUACCUGGCCAAGAUAAUCUUGCUGGGGCCGAGCGGCACGGGAAAGUCCUGUUUGCUUCACCGCUUCGUCAAGAACGAGUGGAGAGUUUUAUCGUCCCAAACCAUCGGUGUCGAGUUCGCAAGCAAGAUCAUCAAGGUCGGCACCGGUUCCCGGCGGAAACGGAUCAAGCUACAGCUCUGGGACACGGCCGGCACCGAACGAUUCCGCUCCGUUUCCCGAUCCUACUACCGCGGCGCCGCCGGCGCCAUUCUCGUUUAUGACGUCACGAAUCACAGCAGCUUCCGCGGACUACAACCGUUCCUUAAUGACGCCCGCGCCUUGGCAUCUCCCAACUUGUCUUGCCUUCUGGUGGGAAACAAGCUUGAUCUAGCAUCCGAGCUCCUCGUCGACACGAGCCUACCCCCGCCAACGCCGAGCAGUGUCGGUUCCAUGUCAUACUUUGCGAAUGGCUCCGCAGGAUCCGGAGGUACCAUGGUGCCAUCCCUCGGCACGCAACAGAAAGCCAGCGAGGCGCCAGAGGGUCGAGAGGUCAGCAACGUGGACGCAAACAGAUGGGCGGGAACGGUCGGGAUCCCCGUGGUGAUGGAGGCGAGCGCCUUCAAUGGUGAGAAUGUGGACGAGAUCUUUGCGAGGCUUGCGAGGAUGAUUCUCACCAAGAUCGAGUUGGGCGACAUCGACCCGGACGACCCGAUGAGCGGCAUUCAGUACGGCGACGGGUACGGCGGAGGGUGGAAUGCGGGCGCCAGCGACGUGGCAAGCAUCAAGAGCUCCAUGACGGGCGCGACGCUCGACGAGGCUGGUGGACUCCGCAGGCGAAAGGGCAGGCGAAACACGCGCAGCGGCGCGAACUGGGGUUUGCGUGAUUGGGAAGAGGUUUUCACGUUGACGAACCGACGUAGAGGCAACAACUGCUGCUGAAACCACCAGAAGCAGGACGACAAGAAGACUCGGAGGCAGCCUUUGUUUUUUGUUUUUGUUUUCCUCCGAGAGAGCGAGGAUCUGCUGGCUUGAGACAAAGGAUGCUAUUCUUGGGGAAUGGAGUUUUGCAAGGAGUUUUCAUGGGAAGGCCCAUCGCCGGAUCGGGAUACAAGCUGGCGGGGGCCGGGAUGCUGUUUGGAUUUGGUUUACCUGACGAUGGAGGGACCAUGUUCGCUCCACAAGUCGGAGGAAAUAUGGAAGCUGGCGUUCGGGAUAGAUACCUCGUCCCCCACAUCGGGGACGGUCGUACACAUACACAUUCUUACAGCCACAUAUGUUAAUGACAGACC